GGCCACCGUAGUUUGUCUUGGCCCUGUUAUCGGCUGUCAGAUUUAUAAAGUCACGUUUAAAAAGUUAUUUAUCUGAUAUAAGUUUGCUAAAAGUGCACAAAUGGCUGGAAGAGGCAUGAGCAGAGAAGAAGCGCUGUCCCGACUGGACCAUAAACACGCAUGUCACAUCCUGCUGUACGCAGAUAGCAAUGCUAAACUCUUCGGCAAAAUCCCAAUUAAACAUAUCGUACUGAUGCAGAUGCGCUUUGAUGGUUUACUUGGCUUCCCAGGAGGGUUAGUUAAACCCUCGGAGGAGAGCCUGGAGGCCGGGCUGAGCAGGGAGCUACAGGAGGAGAUGGGGACGUCGGUGUCAGUGACCCUGAACGACUAUGUUUCCUCUCACCUUGCUCAGUCUCCACCCCGCCUCAUCUUACACUUCUACUGCAAGAAGAUUACAGAAGCUGAGCUGCUAGAGAUCGAGAGGGCUGCAGUGUCUACUGCUGUGGAUCAUGGUUUUGAGGUGUUGGGUCUGACGAGAGUGCCCCUUUAUACCCUGAGGAACGGUGGUGGUCUUCCUUGGUUCUUGUCUCACUCAUUCAUCAGCAAUUCACGAGCUCAGCUGCUGGAGGCACUGCGGCGUUUGGAAUUGGUGUCACCUCGGAAUCUGGAGGAAGCAGUUAAAAAGGCAGAGGAGAUGAGACACACAGUCAAAUCUGAUCCUUCACACUGACAAUAUCUCUCUUAAUCUGAGAUUAUAAAAAAAGCAGAACAGCCAUAAUGUUCUCAUAAUGGACUCCCCUUCCUGGAUCUUAUGUUUGUCAUCAUGUUAAUUUGCAUACUGAAUAACCAGACUCAGUAUCAAGCAGAAUUAUUAUCUUAUUAAUCUACGCUAAUGUGAAAUGCUUGAACCUGUGAAAUGUCUAUACAUAUAUUAUAUAUAUAUAUAUAUAUGUGUGUGUGUGUGUGUGUGUGUGUGUGAUUAAAGCAGGAAUGAAGUGACCUGCAGUAAAAUCUUUAGUUUGGGAUUUUUGUUUUAUUUUGUUUUAAAGGAAUAAACUUUUGGCUUUGCUUCCAUAUAAGAGCUCAUAAAUAAUAUGGUACAGCUGGUUCUUUUUUGACAUUUCACAUCCAGAGUGUUAAUGGAACUGUUGCAAGUGUGAAUGCAGAAAUAAAUCAAUGUUCAUGUUAUUUGUGUUUUUGAUUUUCUGGUAAAUUGUAGACCAGGCCGGAAAAGAUAUAUUGACUCUUCAAUGUUGAAACAUGUUCGUGUUUUAUAAAUCUAAACAUGCUUCGUAAGAGGUACUCAAAUACACUAUAUUUCCAAAAGUUUUGGGACACCCCUCCAAAACAUUGAGUUCAGGGGUUGGACUCCGCCCCUUAGUUCCAGUGAAAGGAACUCUUAAUGCUUCAGCUUCAUACCAAGACAUUUUGGACAAUUUCAUGCUCUUUGUGGGAACAGUUUGGGGAUGACCCCUUCCUGUUCCAACAUGACUGCACACCAGUGACCAAAGCAAGGUCCAUAAAGACAUGGAUGAGUGAGUUUGGUGUGGAGGAACUUGACUGUCCUGCACAGAGUCCUGACCUCAACCCCAUAGAACACCUUUGGGAUGAAUUAGAGCGGAGACUGUGAGCCAGGCCAAAACUGGGACCUUUACAUGCACAUGAAUGUAGUAUGGAGUUUCAACUCUUCUGGGAAGGCUUUCCACAAGGUUUAGGAGUGUGUUUAUGGGAAUUUUUGACCAGUCCUCUAGAAGUGCAUUUGUGAGGUCAGGCACUGAUGUUGGGUGAGAAGGUCUGGCUCACAGUCUCCACUCUAAUUCAUCCCAAAGGUGUUCUAUGGGGUUGAGGUCAGGACUUUGUCAAUCUCUACAAUCUUGUCCCUGACAUCCAUGGACAGCUCUUUGGUCUUGGCCAUUGUGGAGAGUUUGGAAUCUGAUUGAUUGCUUCAGUGGACACGUGUCUUUUAUACUCCCUGUAAGAGAGUGCUCCUAAUCUCAGCUCCUUACCUGUAUAAAAGACACCUGGGAGCCAGAAAUCUUUCUGACUGAUAGGGGAUCAAAUACUUAUGUCACUCAUUAAAAUGCAAAUCAAUGUAGAACCUUUUGAAAUGUGUUUUUCUGGAUUUUUGUUGUUAUUCUGUCUCUCACUGUUCAAAUAA